AUGCCUCCUCUCACUGACGAUAUCUAUCAGGCCGCUGUUCAAAGACCCGCCCGUUUCAAGAAUCCCAAGUGGAAGACUCCCUACAGACGACAUAAACCAUUGCGACAACUUCUCUCAGAUGAGCAGAAGAGAUUGAACAAUACUGAUGUUGAUAAUAAAGAUGGCACCAAUGGCAAUGCUCGAAAGGAUUUCAACCAGGUCACCUACUUUAGUCUAGAUGCCUAUCCUUCACUAAAACCAAGAAAGCAUUACUGUGAUAUAACUGGCUUAAAAGGCAACUACAAGACACCAAAUAAUGGGUUAAGAUAUUAUAAUGUAGAGGUUUAUAACGAUGUUAUCAAGACGAUGACUAGUGGUGUCGACCAGCAAUAUCUUGAAUUAAGAAAUGCCAAUAUUGUUUUGAAAUAG